AUGUCAACAGAAAACAAUCCAGCAAAUAGCGAUAUGCCUCCCUCUAAUGAUAUUGGAAUUGAAUCGGCAAGAAUCGCGAAACUUCCACCUUUUUGGAAAGAAGAACCAGCUAUAUGGUUUUUGCAAGUUGAAGCAACAUUUCGUUUAUAUAGGAUUACCCAAGACUCAACCAAAUAUGAAUACCUAGUGGCAAAUUUGGAUCCAUCGGUACUGUUUUUAGUGAAAGAUAUACUAAUGGACACUGCAAAUAACAAUAAGUAUGCAACCACGAAAAAACGUAUAAUAGAUUCCUUCGCUGAAUCGGCAGAAAAUCAAAUCAAACGUGUUUUAAGCGGUCUAGAAUUGGGAGAUCAGAAACCGUCACAUUGCCUACAGCGUUUAAAAUCUUUGUCAGCUGGCAAAAUUUCUGAUGAAGUUUUAAAGACUUUAUUUAUUGAGCGUUUGCCAGAGAAAGUCCGAAGCAUAUUAGCAGUGUGCGAUUCUCAAGAAAUAGACCAUUUGGGAAUUCGAGCUGAUAGAAUCAUGGAAACACUCUCGACUUCUACGACAUGCUUCGUGUCAGAGGUUCAACCGGACGUUGCAGCAAGCAAUUUGUCAACAAAAAAACAAGUGCUGGUACCAUCUUCGUUUUGGGGAAAACGCUCGCAAAUGUAUUCCUCCAUGCAGCUUCAGUAUAACAAAAAACUAAUUCCUCCAUCGACCCCAAUCUCGGCUGAAAGUGUCGAUGGUGCAUGCUCUGGCCGCCUUUUUAUAACCGAUAAGAAAUCAAAAAUACAAUUUUUAGUCGACACUGGUGCAGAAAUAUCGGUUUAUCCUAGCAAAAAUCGCAAAAAUCCCCAAAAACUAUCACUUUAUGCUGCAAACGGAACUGAAAUCAAAACGUUUGGCUCAAUAAACCUUUCAUUAGAUUUGGGUUUACGCAGACCUUUCUCUUGGAGCUUUAUACUAGCUGAUGUUUCUCGUCCUAUAAUUGGAGCUGAUUUCCUUCGUCAAUUUCAUCUUUUGCCAGAUCUCAACACCCGCAAACUGGUGGAUGGUCAAACACUGCUCGCAGUAAGUGGAUCGUUAUGUAAAGAAGGCUCUAUAGGUAUAAAAAUGGUUUCUGGAGAUACUAGUUUUCAUCAGCUUUUUCGAGAAUAUCCUGAAAUAAUAAUGCAUAACGAAAAUUUUUCUUCUGAGCACGGCAUUUAUCAUCACAUUGUAACACAUGGUCCACCGGUUUCCUGCAGAAGUAGACGUCUAGAUCCUGAAAAACUUAAAGCAGCUAAAGAAGAGUUCCAGUAUAUGCUGAACAAAGGAAUCAUACAACCUUCCAGAAGCAACUGGGCAAAUCCUCUGCAUAUGGUCAAAAAGCCUAAUGGCGAAUGGAGACCAUGUGGUAAUCUCCACAGAGCUCUCAAUACAAUUACGGUUCCAGAUAAGUAUCCCGUACCUUAUUUAACCGACUUUCAGAUGCAUCUUAACGGAGUAAGAAUAUUUUCAAAAUUGGAUUUAAUGAAAGCGUUCUACCAAAUCCCUGUCCAUCCACACAAUAUUCCGAAAACGGCAGUUAUAACUCCUUUUGGCUUAUUUGAAUUCUUGAGAAUGCCAUUUGGAUUAUGCAAUGCUGCCCAGACUUUCCAACGUUUCAUUGAUGAGGUAUGUAGAGGCCUGCAUUUUGUUUUUGUGUACAUAGAUGACGUUUGUGUUUUUUCAAAAUCUGAGGAAGAGCAUUUGGAACAUUUGAAAAUAUUAUUUGAACGUUUCAAGAAAUACGGAAUUUUUAUAAAUCCCUCAAAAUGUGUAUUUGGCCAAACUGAAAUAGAUUUUCGUGGUCAUCAUGUUACUCCCGAUGGCAUUAAACCUCUUACAGAAAAAGUGGAUGUUAUUAAGUCAUUUCCCUUGCCCAAAACAAUCAAAGAACUCCGACGUUUUUUGGCUAUGCUAAAUUUUUAUCGCAAAUUUCUUCCUCAUGGCGCUCAGCUACAAUCUGUUCUAAACGAUUUAUUAAAAGGCCAGACAAAGAAAAAUGAUACACGCGAAAUUGAUUGGUCUGAUGAGUUGAAGCAAGCGUUUAUUAAAUGCAGAGAAAGUUUAUCUAAUGCCUCGUUCCUUACACAUCCCAUUCCAAAUGCUUCAUUAGUGCUAAAAGUUGAUGCUUCAACCCAUGCGAUUGGAGCUGUUUUGGAGCAAUACGUAGAUGGAUCGUGGCAACCACUUGGAUUUUUCUCUAAAAAACUAACGCCUACACAAAUGAAAUAUAGUACCUAUGAUCGUGAGCUUUUAACAAUUUUCAAAAGCGUGCAACAUUUCCGCUAUCUAUUGGAGGCAAGAAAAUUCAUCGUUUUAACUGACCAUAAGCCUCUUACAUUCGCUUUCAAACAAAAGCUGGAGAAAGCAUCUCCUAGGCAGAGAAAUCAUUUGGAUUUUAUAGCACAAUUUUCUACUGACAUAAGGUAG